GUUGUGCAUAUUCUGGGCGGAUGGCUACUCGAGAAAAUGUAUGAGCUGUAUGGUGAUUGUUUGAGUUUCGACACGACAUACAAGACAAAUCGUUACAAUAUGUCAUUUGCACCGUUUGUUGGCAUCACUGGACACGGGCUCAACUGCUUGUUUGCUUGUGCUAUAGUGCACAACGAGACGGUGGACACAUUUGAAUGGCUUUUCGACACAUUUCUGGACUGCAUGCGUCGAAAAGCUCCUCUCACGGUCAUUACUGACCAAGAUGUGGCGAUGAAGACCGCGGUUCCUGCUGUUUUCAAGGGUGUUGUUCAUAGGUGUUAUCUCUUCCACAUAAUGAAAAAGGUUCGGGAAAGAUGUGUGAGAACCUUUUCAACACAACCAGACUUGUAUGUUGACUUCAGCGACAUCAUGCAUAACUGCCCGACAGAGGCAGAGUUUGAGACGUUGUGGCCAUCGUUGACGCAGAAAUAUGGAGUAGAUAAUUUCAAGUACUUCAGGUACAUGUGGAAGUACAGGAAGUUGUUUUUCCCAGUCUAUUUCAAGAAAAGCGUCUUCCCAUUCAUCCACUCGACUGCCCGGAGUGAAGGGACAAAUGCCAUAUUCAAGGACAAUGUAGGCUCAACAUUCAAUGUGAUUACCUUUUUGCGUGAGUAUGAGCGGAUAUUGAAAGCGAUGCAGGAGAAUGAGAAGGAACAAGACUCUAUUACCAGAACAACAAAGCCAUCCUACUGGCUGGGCACUGAACUAGAAUUGCAGGCUGCAGAGAAGUACAAUAGAGCGAUAUUCUACAGAUUUCAGAAAGUUAUAAAGUUUGCAAGCUAGUUGCAUGUGGAGGAG